GCUUAAAUACGUGCAUUUGAGCACAGUCCUGCUGCUAGCGCUUUCUUCUUUCCGGUCUGAACCACUGCUUUAUAUUCUCAUAUAGGUGGUGAGAGAAUAAUAGGUGGCCAACAUGUCUGAAAAAAAGAUGACAUCGAGUCGGCGCCAUAAUCUCAAGAGUGUGCUGCUGGCCAUCGCAAAGAGCUUGCUAGAGAAAGAAGCCGCUCAAGUCAUUACAGAUAAAGAGAACUACAUGGCUGAACACUGCCCUCCACUGUCCCUGCCCGGAUCUACACAGGAACUGCAGGAAUUCUGCAAGAAACUGCACCAGGACAUCGACAGGAUUGAUGAGGAGAGAUAUGAUUUGAACACUAAAGUGGAGAAGGCCAACAAAGAGAUUGAAGAUCUCAAGAUCAAAGUGAUUGACCUGAAGGGCAAGUUCAAGAAACCCGCCCUGAGGAAAGUACGUAUGUCUGCUGACCAGAUGCUUCAGGCUCUGCUCGGAUCCAAACACAAGGUCUCUAUGGAUCUCAGAUCCAACCUGAAACAAGUCAAGAAGGAGGUCAAAGAGGAGCCUGCAGAUGUCGGCGACUGGCGUAAGAACAUCGAGGACAAAGCCGGCAUGGACGGCAGGAAGAAGAUGUUUGAAGGCGAGGCCUAAAUUCUUCUACAUUUCUUUGUUUCAUUAUGGUAGGAAUUCUUCAGAGCUGCGCAGACCUUUUGGAAUAGAUUUUGUUGUUGUUUUUCAGUCGGUGCCUCAAACAAGUAUUUGUUUCAUAAUAUCUUGAAAUAGAAAUGUAUCGUUGCAGAGCCAUUGCCAUUAAAUGAAUGCUUUUGAGGAAAAACUUUGUUUGUUUCACUUUCUUCUGCUACAUGAUUAUUGGAGUUUGUAUGAUAUUUGAGUUAUAGAUUAAAUAAACAAAUAUGACUUGAUUGAGAAGAUGCUGUCAUGCUAUAAUGUGACCACCAGGGGCCACUAGAGCAUCUUUACGACUUCUGUUUACUACUUUAUUACUCCCUUUUCUACAUUUCUCCUUUUAGUCGUUUAUUUAUAUUUUAUUUUAACAUAUCAAAGAGUUGCGAAGUGUUACAGAUACAUUCUGAACACACAAUGUUUAGAAGAAACAAAUCCAUUUGAGCCCAUUUGUCCAACAUGGUGAGUAUCUUUAUAUUCUGCUCAAAUCUUUCUCAUGUUAUUGAGUCUUGAUAUGCCAUUCAACUUUGAUUAUUGAUUUGUAGUAUUUUGGUUUCUGAGGAACUGCUUCUGUUCACGGCACACAGCUGAGCAGCGUCUUGAAGGAAAUUUACGAGGGCCUGAGAUAUUUCAGGAGCUCGCCGGCCUAUUGGUCUGGGGUGGAAUCUACUUCCAUAAACAGGACCCCCAAGAUCUGCUGAGCCAUCAGAGCACAACAUAUAUAUCCUCUUUAAUUUUUCUGUCUCUGGGACUUACCGGUCUUCCACUUCUUCAUCUAAGUGUGCGUGAUACCAUCUUCUUCUUGAUAGGGUGAAGACACACUAAACCGCCACAAUGUCAGA